AUGAGCCGGUUGAAUUUACGUCAGAUACCUCGCAUCAGUUACUACGAACCCGAGGAGCCCAGCUUCGACGAAUAUUUAUUUUGCUCGGAGUGCGGCGACUACGUGUACGACUACUGCUCUAUACACGGCCCUCUGUUGGUCGUACCGGACAAUAAGGUCCCAAAGAAAACCAAACUUCCAUCCUAUGUUCCUCGAGCAGCCCUCACGAUCCCAAACGUGUUCCUGCACCUCGCUCCCUCGAUUAUUCCAGGAGCUGGUCUAGGAGUGUUCGCAACUUUAACCCUACCCGCCGGUGUCCGUUUCGGACCGUAUCGCGGCGAAAUCACAAAAGAAAUCGUUUCGAUGUACUGUUGGCAGAUCUAUGAUGAAAACAACAAACCAAAACAUGUUGUGGACGCGGCGGACGGAGAUCGUUCUAAUUGGAUGCGCUACGUAAAUUGCUCUAGGAAUUGGAACGAGCAGAAUCUACUCGCCUACCAGUACAAGGGUCAAGUUUAUUACAGGACAAUCAAAAGAGUGCCUCGCUUCACCGAACUUUUAGUUUUCUACGGUAGCGAAUUCGCCAGUUAUCUUAACGUCGACUUGAGACUUUAUAAUUCACCUCCUAAAAUACAUGGUAACAUUUCUUUUAUUUCUCUUCAUAGUUUUUUUUAUUAUAGAAACCCCGAUUUAGAAAGCCCUACUAUUAAAUCAAAGCCUAAAGUGAAAAAAGAUAAUCAACCAAUUAAUAAAAAAGGAAAGCAUCCUGCAAAGAUUAUGAAAAAGAAAAAUUUGAAAGAAAAAAGUGUAAAUAUACUUACGAAAAAAACAUCAGGGGCAUCAACAAAAUACAUUUUUGAAUGUGAUGGUUGUAACAAAAAAUUUUCAACAAAAGACAUUCUCGCGAAACACAUUUCAUACUGUCAUAAGACGCAAAAGAAAUUAGACACCACUGCAGUUCGGACACAAGUUGAACAAACUCCAGUACCACAACUAACGGAAAUAUUUAAUUGUGAUAUUUGCGAAUUUAAAACAUCUCAAAAACGUCGCAUUUUGGCACAUCUAAAAGCGCACGUCGCAAAACAAGUGUACUGUUGUAAUAAUUGUGAUUAUAAAUGUAUUACAAACAGUAAUUUGCAAAAUCAUAUGAAAAUACAUACUGGAGAAAAACCUUUUUCAUGUAAUAUCUGUGAAUAUAAAUGUAUUCAAAAAAGUAGUUUGCAAAAGCAUAUGAAAAUACAUACUGGAGAAAAACCUUUUUCGUGUAAUAUCUGUGUAUAUAAAUGUAUUACAAAAAGUGAUUUGCAAAGACAUAUGAAAAUACAUACUGGAGAAAAACCUUUUUCGUGUCAUAUCUGUAAAUAUCAAUGUAUUCAAAAAAGUAAUUUGCAAUCACAUAUGAAAAUACAUACUGGAGAAAAACCUUUUUCGUGUAAUAUCUGUGUAUAUAAAUGUAUUACAAAAAGUGAUUUGCAAAGACAUAUGAAAAUACAUACUGGAGAAAAACCUUUUUCGUGUCAUAUCUGUAAAUAUCAAUGUAUUCAAAAAAGUAAUUUGCAAUCACAUAUGAAAAUACAUACUGGAGAAAAACCUUUUUCGUGUCAUAUCUGUAAAUAUCAAUGUAUUCGAAAAAGUAAUUUGAAAACACAUAUGAAAAGACACACUAGAGCAGAACCUUUUUCGUGA